AUGCCUGAAAAUCCUGCUACAGAUAAACUGCAGGUCCUGCAGGUUCUUGAUCGCCUGAAAAUGAAAUUACAGGAAAAGGGUGACACAUCACAGAAUGAGAAGCUAUCUAUGUUUUAUGAGACAAUAAGGAGUCCUCUCUUCAACCAGAUACUCACACUUCAGCAGUCCAUCAAGCAACUGAAGGGGCAGCUCAGCCAUAUACCUUCAGACUCUUCAGCCAACUUCGAUUUUUCUAGGAAAGGUCUGUUAGUGUUCACGGAUAGGUCCAUUACUAACGGGAAUGCCCACAGGCCCUCUACUAACUUGACUGUAUCUGGGUUAUUUCCUUGGAUUCCGAAGUCAGGAAAUGAGGACUUUAACUCAGUCAUUCAACAGAUGGCCCAGGGCCGGCACGUUGAAUAUAUAGAUAUAGAACGACCUUCAACUGGAGGCCUUGGAUUCAGUGUGGUGGCACUUAGAAGUCAAAAUCUGGGAGAAGUUGAUAUCUUUGUGAAGGAGGUACAGCCAGGUAGUGUAGCAGACAGGGAUCACAGGUUAAAGGAAAAUGACCAAAUAUUGGCCAUUAAUCACACACCACUGGAUCGGAACAUUUCCCAUCAGCAAGCGAUUGCAUUAUUACAACAAACCACUGGAUCCUUACAUCUGGUUGUGGCCAGGGAACCAGUCCAUACAAAAAGCAGUGUUUCUACCAGCCUAACUGAUACAACUCUGCCUGAAACAGUUCGUUGGGGCCAUAUUGAAGAUGUUGAACUCAUUAAUGACGGCUCUGGAUUAGGUUUUGGAAUAGUUGGAGGAAAAUCAAGUGGUGUGGUUGUGAGGACUAUAGUUCCUGGAGGAUUAGCAGAUCGAGAUGGAAGACUCCAGACAGGGGACCACAUCUUGAAGAUUGGUGGCACAAACGUGCAGGGAAUGACCAGUGAGCAAGUUGCUCAAGUGCUGAGGAACUGCGGCAAUUCAGUCAGGAUGGUCGUUGCUAGAGACCCAACUGGUGAAAUUUCGGUGACCCCUCCUGCCCCUGCAGCCUUACCUGUUGUCCCACCUGCUGUAGCCAACAAGAGCCCUGACUCUGACAGUUCUCUUUUUGAAACUUAUAAUGUUGAACUCAUUAAAAAAGAUGGACAGAGUCUUGGGAUUAGAAUUGUUGGCUAUGUUGGAACAUCUCAUACAGGGGAAGCUUCAGGGAUUUAUGUGAAGAGUAUCAUACCUGGCAGUGCUGCAUACCACAAUGGCCACAUUCAAGUGAAUGACAAAAUAGUUGCUGUUGAUGGUGUGAAUAUUCAGGGUUUUGCCAACCAGGAUGUUGUUGAAGUUUUACGAAAUGCAGGGCAGGUGGUACGUCUAACCCUAGUUCGAAGGAAGACACCCUUGUCUGCUCCACUUGAACAGCCCUCAGACAGAGGAACUAUUGUAGAACCACCAAAAACACCAGUUCUCUUUCUAACUGGAGCAGUGGAAACAGAAACUAAUUUGGAUGGUGAAGAUGAGGAAAUUGAAGAAAGAAUGGAUAAUCUCAAAAUUGAUGACAUAUAUGCCUUAAAAAAAUUGGAAAGAGUCCCAGACUCUCCAGAAAAUGAGCUGAAAUCCAGAUGGGAAAACCUAUUGGGCCCUGAUUAUGAAGUAAUGGUUGCUACUUUGGACACACAGAUUGCAGAUGAUGCCGAGUUGCAAAAGUAUUCAAAGUUGCUGCCUAUUCACACUUUAAGACUUGGUGUGGAAGUGGAUUCCUUUGAUGGGCACCAUUAUAUCUCUUCAAUUGUUCCUGGUGGUCCUGUUGAUACACUGAACCUCCUACAGCCAGAGGAUGAGCUUCUUGAGGUCAAUGGUGUGCAACUCUAUGGAAAAUCUCGCCGAGAAGCAGUCUCCUUUCUUAAAGAAGUGCCACCCCCUUUCACCUUGGUUUGCUGUCGACGGUUGUUUGAUGAUGAGGCCUCUGUAGAUGAACCAAGGACCACAGAAGUCUCUCUUCCUGAGAUGGAGGUACUAACUGAAUAUGCUGUGGUUCCCAUAGGUGUACCCAUUGAUCAAGGAUGCCCCAAAGAGUGGUUAAAAAUAAUACUUUUUGAUUUGGCGUUAUAUGAAGCUACAGAGAUUGCUCACAACCAACUUAGUGAAAUCAUUUAUUUGCUUUUGGACCCUUUAGAUCCUACAAGAUCAGUGAUUGUAAUCCGCUCCCUGGUAGCAGAUGGUGUAGCUGAAAGAAGUGGAGAGCUAUUACCUGGAGACCGCCUGGUCUCAGUCAAUGAACACUGUUUGGACAACACCACACUUGCUGAAGCUGUGGAAGUGUUGAAAGCUGUGCCGCCAGGCACCGUAUGCCUUGGCAUCUGUAAGCCUUUGGUGGAAGAUGAUAAAGAAGAAAAUUGUUAUAUUUUACAUUCAAGCAAUAAUGAAGACAAGACUGAAUUUUCAGGAACAAUUCAUGAUAUAAAUUCAUCUUUAAUACUUGAAGCACCCAAGGGGUUUAGAGAUGAACCGUAUUUUAAAGAAGAACUUGCUGAUGAACCAUUUCUAGAUUUGGGAAAGUCUUUCCAGUCUCAACAGAAGGAGGUAGACAACAGCACGGAGGCCUGGGAGAUGCAUGAAUUUCUGACUCCUAGAUUGCAGGAAAUGGGUGAAGAAAGAGAAAUGCUUGUUGAUGAAGAAUAUGAGCUGUAUCAAGAUCGCUUUCAGUCCAUGGAGUUGUACUCCACGUCGCACAUUCAAGAGGCCACUCCUGUGCCCUCCGUGGAAGAACUUCACUUUGGUACACAGUGGUUACAUGACAGUGAAACUCCCGAGUCUCAAGAAGCAAGAUCCAUGAGGAGUACAUAUUCCCAGGAGACACAGCAGUAUAGCUGUAGCACCGAAAACCUGAUGAAAGAAAAUUUUGGCCUUGAUUCCCUGCCGUCUGUACCCUCAACUAAAGGAAACAGUCAACAAAGCAGAUUUGAUGAUCUGGAAAAUCUUAAUUCAUUAGCAAAAAGCAGUCUGGAUUUAGGCAUGAUGAUCCCACAUGAUGUCCAAGGUCCUAGCUUGCUUGUUGACCUUCCUACUGUGGCUCAAAGAAGGGAGCAAGAAGAUUUGCCUUUAUACGAGCUCCCUAGAACCCAAGUUGUUUCCAAAGCCUCUGCGUACACAAGAAUGUUGUCUUCUAGAUAUGCCACUAAUGCAUGUGAGUUACCUGAGAGAGAAGAAGGUGAAGGAGAAGAAACUCCAAACUUCAGCCAUUGGGGUCCACCAAGAAUUGUUGAGAUUUUUAGAGAACCCAAUGUUUCACUUGGUAUCAGUAUUGUUGGUGGACAGACUGUUAUAAAACGCCUGAAGAAUGGAGAAGAGCUUAAAGGUAUAUUUAUCAAACAAGUUUUAGAAGACAGUCCAGCAGGAAAAACAAAUGCACUUAAAACUGGAGAUAAAAUACUUGAGGUGUCUGGAGUAGAUUUGCAGAAUGCCUCACACAGAGAAGCAGUUGAGGCCAUUAAGGAUGCAGGAAACCCUGUGGUGUUCGUUGUUCAGAGCUUGUCAUCCACUCCAAGAGUCAUUCCUAAUGUACAUAACAAAGUCAACAAAAUUACCAAUAACCAGGACCAGGACACCCAAGAAAAGAAAGUAAAGAGGCAAGGAACUGCUCCACCUCCAAUGAAACUGCCUCCACCUUAUAAAGCUCCAUCUGAUGACAGUGAUGAAAAUGAAGAAGAAUAUGCCUUUGCUGACAGGUCCGUGACUCUGGAGUGGACCGCUGGAAUUCAAGCCUUAGGUCCACAAGGACAGGGAGAUCACAGAU